UGCUUCACAUGUGGUCGUCUCUCUCGUGAAAAACUAUCCAAACUAUCUUAUUAUAAAUCUAGACAAGCUCGACUACUGUGCAAGCUUGAAGAAUCUUGAAACUGUCUCUGAGAAGGAAAACUACAAGUUUAUCCAGGGAGAUAUUUGUGAACCUGAUUUUAUAAAGCAGCUCUUUGAAACUGAGAAAAUAGAUAUAGUCCUUCAUUUUGCAGCCCAAACACAUGUAGAUCUUUCAUUUUGGCAUGCUCUGGAAUUCACCUACGUGAAUGUUUAUGGCACUAAUGUGCUGGUUGCUGCUGCACAUGAGGCCAACGUGGAGAAGUUUGUCUAUGUUAGUACAGAUGAAGUGUAUGGAGGUAGCACUGAUGAGGAAUUUGAUGAAUCCUCACCAAAACGUCCAACAAAUCCCUAUGCCUCCUCUAAAGCAGCUGCAGAGUGUUUUGUUCAGUCUUACUGGGAAAGGUACCAAUUUCCAGUUGUUAUCACACGGAGCAGCAAUGUUUAUGGACCACACCAGUAUCCAGAAAAAGUUAUUCCAAAGUUUAUAUCUUUGCUGCAACAGAACAGAAAAUGCUGUAUUCAUGGCUCUGGACUUCAAAGAAGGAACUUCCUUUAUGCAACUGAUGUGGUAGAAGCAUUCCUUACGGUCCUGAAGGAGGGAAAGCCAGGUGAAAUUUAUAACAUUGGAACUAACUUUGAGAUGUCCAUUGCCCAGCUUGCUAAGGAGCUAAUCCACUUAAUAAAGAAGACCAGUUCAGAAUCUGAAAUGGAACACUGGAUGGAUUAUGUCAAAGACAGGCCUACGAAUGACCUGAGAUACCCAAUGAGUUCAGAAAAAAUGCACAGCUUAGGAUGGAGACCUAAAGUGCCUUGGAAAGAAGGAAUAAAGAAAACAAUUGAAUGGUACAAAGAAAACUUUCACAACUGGAAAAACGUGGAGAAAGCUUUGGAGCCCUUUCCUGUGACAGAGCCAUUUGCACAGCUCAGUGGUCCAUAGGGUGGCACAGAACUUGAAGGACUUUUUUCUACCUCAUACAGUCUUUUCUUCAAAGCCUGCAAUCAAGUGUCCACACUGGACUCUUAAUGUAUUCAAGAGACAUGGACCAUGGCGAGUACAGAACCACAGUGUGGCACAACUUUGGAGUGGUUUCAGCACUUUGUAUGUUGAACAUGUUCAUUUCAGCUUUUGGUGCAAUA